AUGACGGCCCGGACCCCUAACAGGGCGACUGGUGCCCCAGAAAAUGCAAAUCCCACUGUUCGAGACCAAACGCAGCAGGAUCAGGGGGAACGGAGUGAAUCGCCAGCCAUACCCAGCCUUACCAACAAGAAACGCCCGCGGUCCCAACCAGACAACACCUCCAGUCCUGCCUGCAAUCAGUGUCGCACACGGAAGAUUCGCUGCGACCGACAGCAACCAAAGUGUUCCAACUGUCGCCGGGCGGAUGUCGAAUGUGACUUUGCCACUACCCCGAAGCGCGUCGACCGCACCAAACAACUCCUAAAUGAUUUCAGCGGUGUCGUGGCCCGCCUCGAUCGGGUGGAUAAUUCGCUGGCGAAGCUAUCGGAGCAGCUGCAGCAACAGCAGCCAUGUCGGUGCUCCCACUCCCCGGUCCCAUCGCAGGUGGAUAAUCCCUGGGGGGCGUCCGAACCCGCAGCCAUAUACACCACGUAUACUCCGAAGAGCUCCACCUCGUGCCGAUCCCCCCACCUGAUGGAGGUGGACGGUUCCGAAGACUGCGAUCCGGAGAUUCCCAACGGCGAUCUCGUCGAUUUUGACCAGGGCGGCCAACGCCUGCUGGACUACCCGGCCGCAUUGUCACUGUUUAAGAACCUGCAGCGACAGAUUACCCGGUGGCUGACCAAGGAUGUGCCGCAAGGAUCGGAAUUGUGGCAGGUGAUCGCCCAGCAACCCGGGUUCAAAGCAAGUUUGGAAUAUCAGCUGGAGCAGUUUCCCUUUGGCGGCCUCUGUCACGAACCCGUCAUCGUGAGUGAUCACCGACCCAUCAGUACACCGCCUCGCUACCUAUUAGAGCUAUCCUUGGAUGGCUUCCUACGCCAUAUCAAUAUCCAUACGCCUAUCUUCGACGACUCCUCUCUGGGGAAAGCCAUCGAUACCCACUACCAGUCAUUGUCCGCUGGAACCGGCGAUGCGUGGGCCCUUACUUUUACCAACAUCAUCAUUCUGACGGUAGCCCUGGAUGCUCGUGUCGCUCGCGCAACUGCCUCCCAUCUAGUCAGCAUGAACGAUGAUAUGCUCCCCUCCUUCCUGAAAAAUUGCGAUCGAGCAUUGGCGGAUCUGAACCGGUUUACUGCGCCAUGUCUAAUCAAUGUUCAGGUGCUCUUGACUCUGGUAAGGAUGGUCAUCAACUUUCCUGAAGCUUAUAUACGAGCUCUCGUCGCUAGGGAAUUCUAUGGUAGCGUAGUGUUUGAAAAGGUUUGUCAGGCAGUCUGCCAAGUGGCCCGCUCUACGGGGCUCCAUAGGGCUCAUGGAGCACGAAGUAUGAGAUGGGAAAAAAUGCCUGAGCGUGAACGGCUGUUCUGGGUGGUAUACACCAUGGAUAAGCAGCGAGCCUUCCUAACAGGCCAGCCCUGUGAUCUAUACUUAUUCGACUCCGAUAUCCAAUUGAGGAGCUGCGGGGAGCGUGCACCAUUCCCGUUGCGGCUCAACGCCGCCUACGUGCAUAUGAUGACGAUCUGGGAGCAGAUUUUCAUCAAUCUCUAUUCUUCCCGAGCUGUCCUCGCCGGCGCGGCCGAUCGGAGUCGCCAGGUGCAGCAGCUAUGGGGUUCAUUGAAUGAAUGGAAUAUCAAAUACCAUGCGCUCCUAAGUUCGCCUAUUCUCGAGAAGAUGGCUGACCUAGCGCCCAUGCAACUCGAGUUGAAAUACUGUUUCAUGGUGAGCCAGGUUCUCGUACAUCGCUGUGACCGUAAUGCACGCUCCCAGCAGCGGUAUCGAGAUCCCGCCCGCAGUGCGCUCAAACUCAUCGCUCAGGUCGCCGGGGAUCACCGUAGCAUCACGCUCGCGCGAUGUGCCGUCUUAGCCAGGAUGUUUCGAAACUAUCCCCUCGUUGCUGUCCAUGAUCUUUUCUCUUUCUGUUUGACAGAUGGCGAGCCUGACAGCACGGAGGACGGACAACUCAUCCAUGAGACUCGCCGCCAUCUCGAGCUCCUGCACUAUGCGGACUUCCCUCAAGCGUACUUUGCCCGACUCGAAGUCGGGCUGAAAUGGUGUACCGACAUGCUGGAUACCAUAAAGGAUUGCCUGUCCCGCUCUGCGGUAGCCGGUGACUGGGGCCCGAUGGAUGGCUCUUCGACCGGCCUCUCCGACCGCACUCCCCCCUCAGAAUCUGAGCUCUCGUCCAUACCCCCGGACGCGUGGGCCUCGCUGAACCUUCCGAUGAGCCGCGACGAGAUGCUUUGUGGCCUUAGUCCUUCAGUACCCUCAGAAGGCCUGUUGGACCCUCAAUUUUCUGCCUUUGGAUUGACCACGUCGUCUACCGGCGAUAGUACCGUCCCGGCGUUCGCUCAAGGCGGUGAUAAUCCCGCGGUGACCAUGCAUCCAUCAAUGUGGGUACCGGCUGAAGUACCCUGUAACUCGUCUGAACCACUUUUCGACCCCGAAUUUACCCGAAGCAUAAUGUCAUGA